AAAUUACCCAAACUGUUUUCAGCUGGACAUGUCCUGGUAAUAUGUAGAGUAUAUGCAGCAUCUGCACCUCGAGAUUGUGUAGGAAUAAAUCGUUUUUGACAGGGAUUUUUAACCCUUCAGUUGCCCGAAGGAUCAGCUGGCUUUGUAAUGGCUUCCAUCAUGCAUGUAUUUUACUGAUGGUGUGAGAAGUAAACAACAUGAGAGACUUCCAGGCCCAGCUGACAGCGCCGAACUUCCUCAUCCCCAUUUGAUGUCAGAAGUGGAGGCGUGAAGUGAAGACAGACAGAGAAGCGGGAAUGCCAGGAAAUGAGCAGGCGGCCACGGGCAGCGGAGAAGGCGGGAUAGGGCGGCAGCAGGAGAGGCGGCAGCAGCCGAGAGAGCAGAGAGCAGAGGGAGGCGGGACUCCAAGCGAUGGCCACGCCUCCCCGCCAACCCCCAUCCGCUGCACCAGCCCUCAGGUUACAUUUCCAUUCAGCCUGGGAGCUCUUAGCCCCCUUGCCAGGACAUCCCAGCUUCAAGCUCUACUCCUGCAGCAGUGUGCAGGUGAUGAGUUUAGCAACCAGCUCCUGCAGCUGAUGACCGUACGGCUUGAGGAAAGCCAGCAUAGACCCACUGUUCUGCGCAGAGGGAUUCCACAUGCCAGCCAGCCCAGUGACUCCAGCUCCAUAUGCAAUCCCAAUGACAGCCUGAUAGCUUCUGUUCAGCAGGCGGAACAACACUCCCGGGCCAGGAGCCACUCCCCCAAGCCCAAAACUCCUCCCUCUGGCCCUGUGGAGCCCAGGAAGAGCGUCAUCGCUCAGUUCAGAGCUUUGUUUGUGAACGGAGUCUGCCGGUGGCCGGGGUGCGAAGAGGUGUUUGAAGAAUAUCCCCAUUUUCUGAGGCACCUGCACAGCGAGCACAGCCCAGGGGAACGCAGCCUAGCACAGUGCCGUGUGCAGCAGGACAUGGUGCGGCACAUGGAGAACCAGCUCACUUUGGAGAAACAGAAACUUCUGGCCAUGCAGCUUCACCUGUCUGCACCUGCAAUACCCAUCUUGUCUUCACCUGAAGAGGAUCCAGAAGGGCCACACAGCUUGUUGAUGGACUCGCCCCAAUCUCAGGUGGCAGAUGGCGCCCCCUACUGUUCCAGUAAUGAAGCAGCAGAAGUGGUGAAACACGGCUAUGGCCACCUCAUGCCAGAAAUCAUUCCCAGCAUUGAAUGCUAUAAAUACAACAACAUCAGACCACCGUUUACCUACGCCUCUCUAAUCCGAUGGGCCAUUCUGGAGUCUCCUGAGAAGCAGAUGAGCCUGAAUCAGAUCUAUCACUGGUUCACCAGGAUGUUCUUCUACUUCCGCCACAACACCUCCACCUGGAAGAAUGCUGUCCGUCACAAUCUCAGCCUCCAUAGGUGUUUUGUGCGUGUGGAGAAGGGAAAGGGGGCUGUGUGGACCGUGGAUGAAGCAGAGUUCCAGAAACGCAAAGGACAGAAGUUUACCCGGGACCAUGGCGUGGGAUACCUCACUCCCUACACCUUCUGCCCCCCUCAGUCCUGGACCGGCGGCCUGCCAGAGGCCCACUGAGCGGAUUGCCUCACACCCUUGCGCUCCCACCACUGUGCCCAUCUCACAUCGUGGGACACCGUCAUGCGCCGAGUCCUUUAACACUUUCCAUCGUCACGUCCUUGUCAUACCUUCUUAUCAAAUAAAAGAAAGGCGUGAAGCUCUGA